AUGGAGCCAGGCAAUGAUAAUCUAACUCACCAACAGAAGGCUCCACGCCAACAGCUCAAUGGAACGCUGGAGGACAUCAACGAUGCCGCAAGUCAAUCCCGCACCUUAGGGAACUCCAAUAUUGGGGGGCCUCUAGUCACCAAAGCCCAUUCAUUGGAUGACGUGGAUUCAGGUAGAAAAGAAGUGUGGACCCCAGCAGCUGAUCAGUCGUCUUCGGGGAACGACUUUAUCACCAGGCUCGGGAAAGAAAUGGACGAACGAAUCAAUGGGCUGAAGGCCCAAAUACCCGAAGACAUGGCGAGAGAAUUCACUGCAUCAACAGUGAAAACCUCUUUCACAGAUAAGAUAGAACGGGUCGCAAGACCCAAGAAAUUCACAAUGCCCAAGUUCAUCAAAUUAAAUGGAAUUGGAGAUCCCCUCCAGCAUCUCAACCACUACACUCAGGAAAUGACACUAGAGGCUCACAAUGAUCUAUUCAUGUGCAAAAUAUUUCCAUCCAGCCUGACGGGGGUGGCCCUAGAGUGGUUCAAGAAUCGCCCGUGCAAGUCGAUCCCAAACUUCGAGUCACUAUGCGUCAUGUUCUUGGCCCAGUAUUGUGGAAAUAAGAAACAGAAGAAAACCUUCCUCACCCGAUUCAACAUGGAGUCUUCGAGCAUACCAGAUUGUAAUCAAGACACAGCCAUAGAAGCGUUGAAGAUAGCCAUGGUGCAAAGCUCACGUUUCCAUUCUUCUCUGGUGAAGAAGACCCCAACUAACAUGUCAGAGCUGAAUUCGUGGGCACUAAACUAUAUCAGACUUGAAGAAAAUGAAGUAACUAGAUAG